UAUAAAGUAUAUAAUACGAAGGUAUAAAUUGAUUCGAUGAAUAGUCACAAUAAUGCAUUUAAGAACAGUCAUUAGUUUUUAGCUUUUUGAAAAAUCUUGGAAGCCUUAUAUACUUUGUAGAUGACAUGGCUAUUUUCAGAAUAAAAUUCAAACCUUUCAUUAUUGUAAUAGGACUCUCCAUAGUGAUUGCUAUAGUUUCACUUUUGGCCUUUAUCUCAAAACGCAACGAUGAAAAUGAAAUGCCCGAUCCGCAAUUCGAAUUGGCCACGUCGAGUAUGCCGAUGGGCUUGUACAACAAAGCCGGAGUAGUGUCAAAUGGUGGACCGUGCGCACAAAUCGGAGUGGACGUGAUGGCGAAAGGUGGAAAUGCCGUUGAUGCUGCUAUAGCUACAAUGAUAUGUGACGGUGCUUCAUGCCCUCAAUUCAUGGGUUUGGGUGGAGGAUUUGUUAUGACUAUAUACAACGCUACGACUAAAAAAGUAAUGUCAAUCAAUGCCCGUGAAAUGGCACCAAAGGCGGCAACUGAAUCCAUGUUUGUAAAAGAACCUACACUUUCUGUAUAUGGUGGUUUGGCGGUUGCAGUUCCGGGAGAAGUUAAAGGCUAUAUGACUGUCUAUAAUAGAUUCGGUGGUAAUGUUUCAUGGGCAUCACUAUUUGAGCCAACUAUAAAAUUAUGUGAAGAAGGCAUGCUGAUUAGCGAACGUUUCGCAAUAAGUUUAAAAAAUAAAGAAGAAUUGGUCAAAAAUGACACGAUUCUUAGAAAAACUUUUUUCGACGAAAAAACUGGACAUGUAAAGACAAUCGGAGAAAUGUACACAUUACCCAAGUUAGCAGAAACUAUGAAAGUCAUAGCAAAGGAAGGUGGUGAUGCCUUAUACAAUGGUACGUUAGCUGAUAAAUUAUUAGAUGACUUAAAAAAAGUAAAUGGGAUAAUGACAAGAGAAGAUUUAGCCGCCUACGCAGUCAAAGUCGAAAAAUCUUUUUCUGUUAAAUUAAAAAGUGGACAUACAAUACACACGGGGCCACCACCUGGUUCCGGUGUAAUAUUAGCUUACAUACUGCGUGUGUUGGAUGGUUUGUUACCAGCACCCAAUGAAGGUUUGGACGCUCACCGAAUUGUGGAAGCUUUCAAAUUUGGUUACGGCGAGAGAACCCAAUUAGGAGAUGCUAUGUUUGUAAACGUGUCUGCAAUUUACGAUAAAGUCAAGUCGGAUAGUUACAUGGAUAAAAUACGUAGUCAAAUAUUCGAUAAUUUCACUUCGGCAGAUCCUAAGUACUACGGAGCUAAUUUUAGUAUCCCAGAAAACCACGGAACUGGCAAUUUGGCUGUGAUCGAUUCAAUGGGAAACGUUGUCAUAAGUACAUGUACCAUAAACACAUAUUUUGGUUCCGGUUUCACCUCUCCCAGUACCGGUAUUAUUCUGAAUAACGAAAUGGACGAUUUCUCGACUCCGGGAGGCGUCAACUCUUACGAUUUUCCAUCUUCGCCGGCCAAUUACAUUGAACCGUACAAACAGCCAAUGUCUUCGAUGUGUCCAAGUAUAUUCACGGACAAAAACGGAGAUUUUGCUUUCGCUGUGGGAGCAGCGGGAGGGUCAAAAAUCACUCUUGCGACCGCCUACGUGUCUGCUUAUAAAUUAUGGUACAAUAAGACACUGAAAGAAGCUAUAGACAAACCAAGAAUUUUUCACCAACUUGUACCUAUGCAAAUUCAAUAUGAAUACGGAAUGACUAAAGAUGUAAUACAAACACUUAAAGAUAUUGGUCACCCAGUGACCCGAUUGCCAAAUAAUAGAUUUUCAGCAUCAACAGCUAUUGCUAAAACGAUUUCUGGAAUGAUAGAAGUUAUGCCAGAUUAUCGACGACCAGGAAAUUGCUCUGGAUACUAAAACCAUUAUAAUAAUUUUUAAAAAUGUGUAAAUUAUUGUAUAAUAUAUCCUACCAAACACACUUCGUGUAAUUAAAAGGUAAGUUAAAAAAAAAUUAUUAUUAAUGAUUAAAUCUCUAAAAUACGGGAUAUAAUAUGAGAACUAAGUAAAAUGCUAUUUUGUAAUAUUACAAAUACCUACGACGAUAAAUAAUAAGAUCAAUAAUUGUAAAGUUUAAUAGACCGAGUCAACAUUUCUAAAUUUCUUCAUAAAUUAUUAAUUACAAAAAGUGCUAUAGGUAGUAGACAGUGGUUACUUAUUUGUAUUUAUUUAAGUAUAUUUACACGUCCUGCCAAGUAGUUAAACAAUAUAUUGAAUAAGUAUUUAACUUUACAAUUAGUCUUUAUUAUCGUCGUAGAUAUUUGUAAUACUAUAAAAUGGUAUUUUUACCUAAUUUCCAUAUUAUAUUAUCACGUCUUUUAAAAAUGUAAUCAUUACUAAAUUUAAUUUUUUUUUAACUUAAGUUAUAUAACAUGGAGUUAGAAUGAAGGGAUUUUUGGUGUCAUAUCAGCUAUUUUUUUUAUAAAAAAAAGUCAUAAUUUUAUAAUAAUAAUCCAGCUAGCAUCGUUGGCAAUCGUCGUACAUUUACGUCGUCGUCAUCGCCGAAAUUAGGUAGUGCGGACUAAUAAACGGCAGAUCGGGAGACAUAUCAUUUUACGAUAUUUCCGUAACGUACUCAAAAUCAGUCUUAAAAGUAUUUGAAUAUUUUUGGUUAGAACUUAUAAGCCAUCCAACCAAUCUGCUUGCGAGUUCCUAUAUUUCCAUCUGCACAAUAUUUCUGAUCGAUUGAUACUUAUACGGCUUUAUAUGUUCAGCCGUUUGCCCUGUAGAGCUGGCUGACGGAUUAACAACAAUUAAAACGGUAUUUAAAUAUUAAAAAUAUAUUUCCUGUUAUUAUACGUUGGUGAUUAGUACGAUAUUAUUAUUAUUAUUUUUUUUUACUUAGUUUCACGCCACUACCCUCGCACUGAAAUAAUUUGAAAAUUACAAAAUAAAACUAUUAUAUAUUAUAAUUACGUCUAUUGUCUAUGUUCUCUACUUAUGUACCAUCCUGUAAUAUAUUAUAUGACUUUUUUAUCUA